UCGUAAGGUUGUCCGAUCGAGCCGGGCUGGGCUCAUUAUCUUUUUUGCUUUUUUUAACCCUCAUUGCCCCACAUACUCAGCUGAGUCGGUGGUGGUGGGGUUGAGAUGGAUAUGUUUGUAUGCAUAAAGGUAUAUAAAGGUAUUAAUAAUUUUUGGAGGUCACUUGGGAUUUGUUAUACCGUGGUUAGUAUCCAGGGUGAAUGUUGGUUGGAUGUAUCAAGUUUUAUUGGGAUUGAAUGGGUUGUGGUGUCGUGUGCGGGGUAUACUGCAUGUACUUACUACAUGUUAUGGAUCAGUGUGGGAUGGGAUGGAUAUUACUAAUUCUGGGAAUGUUGAUCGGUUUCAUCUUGUAUUUUGCCAUGAGGUCUUUCAUACGUGGUAAUGAAUGCGAU